ACAACAAUAUUCCGAGUUAUAUAUAUAUACCCGUUGUUUAAAGAACUUUUUCUUUCGAUACUAAAUCCAUAAAAUUAUUGAAGGACAAUUGCUGGUCAAUUUGUCCAAUUUGACAUUUCUUGAUAUCAUGGAAGCGAGAACCACUCAAAAGAUUUUCGCAAAAUUUGGAGAAUUGCUAGAUAAUGGUUUAGGGUCAGAUGUGGUUAUUGAGGUCGGUAAAGAACCAAAUAUCAAGAAAUUCCAUGUACAUUCUAUUGUCUUGAUGGCAGUAUCUCCUUAUUUCCGUAUAGCUUUCUCUAGCAAUUGGGUUAAUAGAUUUGAUGGUAUUAUUCAUUUUGAAAAACCCAAUAUUUCGCCAAAUAUUUUUAAAAUAAUCUUAAAUUUUAUAUAUAAAGCAGACUUAGAUUUGAAAAAACAUAAAGCUUCUGAUAUUUGUAGCUUGAUUAAAGCUUCUGAUGAAUUAAGUAUCGAUGUUCUCAACGAACAUAUCCUCGAGUUUGUCUCACAGAAUGCAAACAGGCUUAUAAAUGAGGAUCCAGUUCAAAUUCUGCAAAUUAUAUUUCAACUUGAUAUAUUUUCAAAUCUUCGAAAUACAUUUCUUCAAAUAAUUUGCGAUAAUCCAGAGAAACUCGUAAAUUUUGAAAAUUUUUAUACUCUCGAUAAAUAUACACUUAUUCAACUUUUGAAACGGGAUGAUCUAAAAAUGGAAGAAGUAAUUAUUUGGUAUAAUUUAUUAGAUUGGGCUUGUUAUAAUGUACGAGAUGAACAGGAGAAGCUCGAUCUUAAAGAAGUUGAAAAAUGGGAAUCAGGAGAUUUUGCAACAUUGAAAGAUAUACUUAAGGAUUUUAUUCCACAUAUAAGAUGGUUUCAAAUUUCCGGGAAAGAUUUUUGGUAUAAUGUUAAGCCAUUUAAAGAAGCCUUACCGGAAGAAUUGUAUGAUGAUCUUUUGGGAUAUAAUAUUGAUAAAUCAGUCGAACUAAAAUCUUUUGUUAUUUUGCCACAAAGGAAUAAAAAUAAAAUUCCUGCCAAAGUAAUCCGUAAAUAUCCUGCCAAGUAAGUUAUCGUCAAGAAUCGUGUUUUGUUUUUUUU